UCGCUUGAAUUCAUAAAAUGUUUGCUAUAUUGCAGUCACUCUGUAUUUUUAUACUUGAUGAACUGUCAAGCUAACAACGUUGCUAACCCUGUUCAUGUGAAAUGAAAGAAGCAGGCAUAACAAAACAAGAAAUUUCCAUUUGAAGUGUUUGAUAAAAGAGAAUCAUAGAAGGUGAAAAACGCUCAUAUCGGUGAAAAAUCUGUGAAAACUAUUAAUCAGGAAUUUGUGUGAAGUUAGCAACGCGCGUGAAAUUUUUAUUAGUUAUAAAUUAGAUAUAUAGCGAGAGAGUGAGAACGGAUACGCAACCAGACAAGAAAAAGAAAGCAUUGAAUAAGAUUUUAAGAGGGGUGUGCGGUACGUUCGGCAGUAUCCAGACUUAUAGAAGUAAGACCUUGAGGAAAAAGACGACGAAUACUGCUUAGGACAGUGUAAGGCGAAGCACCAAGGAAUGGCGUAUGAUCUCCAGCAGCCAUUGUGAAUACAAAAAAAUCGGAAAAUUUAAAGUUAUUUUACAAGGGAAACCUAGUUGUAGAGAUAUUGUACAAAAAGUGUUUGUCCAUAAUGAUAAAAGUAAUGGGAUCAAUUGAUGCGGAAGGAAAUGUGACAGCCGGGUCGCAUAGUGGACGUGAGGCACGCAAUUUAGCCGAAAAGCAACGCCGGGACAAAGUAAAUGCAAGUAUACGGGAACUAGCUACCAUAGUGCCGCAGGCGGCGUAUUCAUCGCGACGAUUGGACAGGACCGGUAUACUAAGGUGUGCAGCGCAUGGUUUUCGUUUGCAAUACAUAUUUGGUAAAUCAGUGCCAAGAAAACAGUCAAUGACAGAGCUAUCACAAGAUCCGCAUUUUGCGGAUGCGUUGACAUACUUAUUAGACAGCUUCUUUAUAACAUUAACUUGUCAUGGACAAAUUGUCGUAGUAUCAAACAGUGUGGAGAAAUUACUCGGACAUUGCCAAUCGGAUCUCUAUGGACAAAAUAUAUUAAGCAUAACGCACCCAGACGAUCAUCCGAAUAUGCUGCAACAACUAAUACCACGUGACAUGGAAUCGCUAUUCCGUUGCAGUCACGAAUAUCAAAUGCAGCAGCAAAAUAAUGGUAAUAACAGCAAUGAAAACACUGAUACGUUUUUGAGAGACAUCAAUGAACGCUUGCGUAAUGAUAAGCGUUCGUUUGUUGUACGUCUUGCACGGGCGGGUACACGUUCAGAGGCGAAUCGAAAGUAUGAAUUGCUGCGAAUUGAUGGCUGUUUUCGACGUAGCGACUACUCCUGCUCAAAUGGCACAUUUCCCAUUGUUUCACAUGUUUUGCGGCGGACACGUUACAAUGGCACUGAAGGUGUCCACGCAAUGCAGCAUGAUGUUAUAGCACAAGCCGCACUGCACGGCAUCAGUGGCAACGAUGUGGUGCUUGUAGCUAUGGCACGCAUCAUACAUCCACCAAAGAUUACCCAUUAUCUAACGAGCGAGAAUAGCGGACGCAUGGAAUAUAGAACACGCCACUUAAUAGACGGACGAAUAAUUGACUGUGAUCAGCGUAUCGGGCUGGUGGCUGGAUACAUGAGAGAUGAGGUCUACAAUCUUAGCCCGUUCUCUUUCAUACACCACGAUGAUGUGCGUUGGGUAAUUGUCGCGCUACGCCAAAUGUACGACAAUUUUGACGAGCAAGGUGAAAGCUAUUAUCGCCUACUCACACGGAAUGGAACCUUUAUUUAUCUACAUUCGCAGGGUUAUUACGAUACCGUAGACACCGAGCGUAAUGUCUACUCCUUCAUUUGUAUAAACACGCUGUUGGAUGAGGAGGAGGGCCGUUAUUACAUGGAGGAUAUGAAGCGACGAUUUUCCACAAUUAUACAUUCGAAUUUGCCCAUCUCUUCAACGGUGGAUGCACCUGCCUCUCACGAUCCCGUACGUUUGGAACGCAGUGUAAUGUUUUUAAUUGACAAUUUACAAACACGUCGUACGCAAGGUAAUGGCACAGGCUGCGGUGAAGAUACCGCUACACAGGCAGACAAUGAGCGAACAAAAAGUCGACGUUUGAUGUUGGUGCCGCCGGAAGUCUCCUCGGUGCGCAGCUCAAUCAUGCAAUCGUUGUCCGUGGUGAAUAUUGCUGCUAAGAAUUUGCGCAGAAAUAUACGGCGAAAAGCGCGUAGAGAUUUGCGUAAAGCGCAAAGAGGGCCGCAAAGCUGCAGCGAUAGCAGUGAUACAUCCAUCUCAAUAGAUAGCAGUGAUGAAGAUGUUGUGAAUGAUCAAAACACUGCUUCGUCCGAUUCCACUUACACAGAUGCAACACAAGCGAAUUUGAAGCGACCAAGUGUACUGCAGAUGAAUACAGGGGCAUCUACAAGUCAGCGGAGCGCGCUGGAACAGCGCCUAACUGAAUCGACAAUUGGUGAAUUCGAUGUGAGCAAUGCAACACACACACCCGCGUUAAAGCGUGCACGUGCAUCGGUAAUGGCAGCUAGUUGUAGCAACGACAAGUGCAGUGGUGGCAAAAAAAAGAGCACCAAAAUAUACGUUGAAGAAAUCAUUCUUCAACCGAAAACUUGCAUGAGCACGCUACUAACGCCACCCGCAACCACUAUGCCAAUUGCAAGUACGACAGAAAUCCAUGAAGUCAUCAACAAUUCUUUGGAGAACAUCGAUCAGUCACUGCAGAGCAUACAAGCGAAUGCACGCAAUUUAUGCCAACAACAUGCGCAAUGUUUGCCUCAAAAUGUGCCACAGAACUUCAAUCAGCAACUGGAUGAAAUUAUUGUGGAGCAUCAGCGCCAAGCCGAGCAGCUUAUUAAUAUCCGAAAUGAGUACGAUGUACAUUUGCAGCAACAGCUGAUGCAACAACAACCGUCCGCAUUUGAUGACUUAGCUGCUAUAGAUCUACCGCUAUUACCGCAGUUGGUAUUUCCCGGCGAUGAACAAUCGCCGCAUGUCGGUGCUGCGCCAAUGGCCGACAAUUAUACAGAGGCGAGUGCUACAAUUCUUAGUGAGUUGGAAAAACGGCUAUAGUGUGUGUGCCAAGUCUGCCUUUGGUGGCUGGUCUCUGCUGUGACAAUAACAUCGUUGUAAGAGUUAUGUGUGUGUACGCAACGGCGGCGCCGACACCUUCCAUUUGUGUCACAAUACAGUGUAGUGCAACCGGAGCUGGUAAGUGUGCAUUCAUCGUGUUACUCAUAUUAAGGCAACUACAAAAACACUUCAGACAACAAAAAGAAAAGUUCACAUCCAAACUAAUUCACUAACAAACAAUUUUCCAAACAACAUUGAUAUGGUGUGCCAGGUGGUGGCAUAGAGCAUAUUUUUGGUGAUUUCACUACAAAGAACAAACAAAUAUUAAACUAUGUGGUGGCUUAGUAGGAUAUUAUUACACUUAAACUAACUGGUGUUGAGAAUUGUUGGCGUGUUAAGAUAACAAAAUAGAGUUAUAAUGUGAUGAGAAAAUGAAAAACAAAAUGCAGCAAUUAAUUGACAUUGAAAGUGAAGAAAAAAAGUAUAAAGAAAGUUUUAAUAAUUGCACAAUAAUAAAGUCUUGAUAUUGUAUAACGGUUUUUAAAAGUGAUUGCUCGUUUUCUGUGCUCAAAUACUGGCACGAGCUUAUCGAGUUCAAAAUAGAUAAGCAAGUAGCUUUGAACAGGAAAUGUUACAUACACAGAGUGUUUAAAUAUGGGACGAUUUUUUUUAAUAGCCAAUCGCAGAAUCUGUGAAUUACAUAAUAAAAAAUGCAUUAUGUAAACAAUGUUUUUUGUUUUAAAGAACAUUUUUAUAGCAAGUGCAA